AUGAUGGACGACUCGUCAUUCGCCUCGCCCUCCGCGCCUGUUCGGGACGCGCCACCGCCUUUCAAUGACCCCGACGGUGAUGCAGACAUCAUCAUCAGAUCUGUAGACGGAAUCGAUUUCCGCGUUCACAGACUCUUCCUUUCCAAGGCCUCUCAUGCUUUCCGCGACAUGUUCACGACUCCUCUUCCCCAGCCCUCCACCCCAGGUUCCUCCAAUCCAGACAGCACUCGAGAUGGACUCCCUAUCAUCCCAGUAACGGAAAACGAGAAGAGCCUCAGUAUCCUCUUUCAAAUGAUCUACCCGAUGGACAUGCCCAAUCUCACCGACCUACCUACGCUCCGCCUCGCUAUGCGCACAAUGGACAAAUAUAUCGUCCCUUGCUUCUCGCGCACUGUCGAAUCCGCCUUAGCCGAGAACCUCCCCAAACACCCGCAUGCCAUUUGCGCGCUCGCGGCACGUUAUAGCCUCACCAAGAUCGCCAACGAGGCUGCCAUGCGCACCCUCAGAAACGCAAUGAGCCUGUCUGACAUCGACCCCGCGGAGGAUGAUGAUUGGGCUCACGUCCCAAACUCGCAUUAUCAGUACCGCAAGUUCCUUCGGUUUCAUCAACAAAAUUCCGAAGUCGCCGUAGGCGUCGUACGAGGAUUGACCUGGGCAGAUGAAGGCAUUAUCCCAGGACUGAUACCCUACCGCCCUCGCAGUGGCGUUGUAGACCCUGCCCAUACCUAUGGUUUCGAUGUCCCACCUCUCGCUGGACGGGAGCGGGAGACUCGAGACUCGCCGGAAUGUACGUGUCCCAAGCAUCACGUAGCUGUCGCCGCUCCACGACACGAAUGGUCGGGGGGUCAUAGAGGUAACCCAUGGCGGAAACGACCAGACGUGUCUUAUGGUCUACCACCGCAGAGUCCAGACGCUCGUUCUUCUUCCUCAGGCUCGUCUCGUUCAAAUGUGGUCGAAGUGGCGGGUUGGUUCGUCACGUACCUCAAGCAGUGCGAGACUAUCGUGAGGGAAAAGCCGUACUUCGGAAAUGUGUUGGAGGAACCCGUGUUGAAGGAUGCGUUUCAGGAGCUGGUGGGGUGCCCCUUCUGCUCGAAGGAAGGCAAGUCUCAGUUGGAGAAGUUUGCCAUAUUGCUGGGCGCGAAGAUAAAGAAUGAGGUGACGAAGAUCCAACCGCCUUUCUAA